GACACGCACGUCCGUGCAGUCCGGCGUAGGUACAUCGCGCCAAUCGUCGUACCACCGCGCGCAACAUCGGGCACCGCCGACGCGACCAUGUCGUUUUAAACAGCUCAGAUCCGCCGUGUCGAGGAAGACAGAAAAAUCGAAAAUCAAAAAAAAAAAAAAAACCGCGAUAGACACGUCCUACCGCCGUCUCCGCAUAUUAUUAUAACAAACAAUACAACGUACGUAAUACACGUAUUUAUAACGACGUGCGUUGUACCCGAAGAGCACAACCCCGGGAGACGCCAUGUCCGCGGUCGCCGGACGAAUGAAUCGGAUCGUCGAACCGGCGGGGGUGCCGACCGUCUAGCCGAGACGAUAUAAAUUUUUGACGGCGAUCGCGAUCCCGGUCGAAACCAUCGACGUCGACGUCGCGUGCGCGUAUAACAAUAAUAAUAUAAUAUAAUAUACGCCUACAACCGCCAUGUCUGCCGGACUCAAACGGAACAUCAACAACAACGUGGUCGACACCACCGCCGACCGGAAAUGGAGCCCGGAAGUGCACACGAAAAUAUUCAUACCGCCCAUUAGCGUCACGGAACCCCGAGCGAAAAUCGCCAAAGGAGUCGGCGCCGCGACGGCUCAACAAGAGCCGCAACGGAAGUACGUGACGACGGCGGUCGGCAGCAGCGGAAGCGACAGCAGCGAUGGUGGAUGUGCGAGUGGUGGCGUGGAAAAGGGCCGCCGGUAUCCGGUGUCGCGGAGCGGUUCAUACCGUAACCAGCCGUUGUCGCCCAUGUCGACCGGGGCGCUAUCGCCCAGCCUCCGGUCGCUCGGCGUGCCGAGCUCACCAACCCUAGCCGCAAUGAACGCGUCGUCGCACCACCGACAUCGAGACGCAUCGCCGCUCCGGUCCAGAUCGGACGCCGUGUCCGUCCGGUCACUGGCGUCCAUCGGCAUGGGCUCGACGGACGGCCGGAAGCUGACCAUUGCCAAAGUGCCCACGUCGCCGGCGGAACUGCUCAACUUGGCCAGCCCUCAAACAUUCAUUGAGAAAGAUGACGGUGAUUUUACAGAAUGCAGCAGUUGUUCCAGGUCACUUGCGGAAUCAUUAUCGGACUUUCGGGCCAGGACCAGGACUCACUAUUGGCGCAACAAACUCCAGUUCAUCUUAGCGUGCCUGGGCUGUUCAGUGGGCCUGGGUAAUAUGUGGCGGUUUCCAUAUCACUGCCACAAAAGUGGUGGAGGUAUAUUUUUGAUACCAUAUUUUUUGGUGAUGACAUUUUGUGGAAUACCAUUGCUGUACUUAGAAUUAGCUAUUGGACAGUUUACUAAACGAGGACCAAUUAGUGCAAUAUCAAAACUGUGUCCAAUUUUGAAAGGCGUUGGUUUAUCCAGUGUGGUGACGUCGUUCUUCGUAUCCGUGUAUUACAACGUAAUCAUCGUUUACACUUUGUAUUAUUUCUUCUCGGCAAUCCAGUACCAGCCGCCAUGGGUGCACUGCAACAAUCGGUGGAACACUUACCAAUGCUGGACACCAGGCCAUAACACCACAAGGCCUUUAAACGGCAGAAGUCCCACCGAAGAGUUUUACAACUUGAAAAUGCUGCAGAUCGCAAAGGACCCAAACACGUUAGGCAACGUUCGCUGGGAAUUGGCCGCGUGCAUGUUUGUCAUAUCCAUCGUCGUGUACUUCAAGCUAUGGAAGAGCACCGAAUCGUCAGGCCGCGUCUUACACCUGACCGCUACUCUGCCGUUCGCUAUGUUGGCCGUGCUUUUGGUCCGGUCACUGAUGCUGGACGGCGCUGAAAUCGGUCUCGAAUACUUCCUGUUCAAACUCCGCUGGGAGCUACUGUUAGACUCGAAGGUUUGGGUAAGCGCUGUUGGUCAAAACCUAAGCUCCAUUGGUAUCGCUUUCGGUCUGGUUAUUUCGUUCUCUUCGUACAACCGUUACAACAACAAUAUAAUGGUGGACACAGUGACCAUAUCACUCAUAAACGGCUUGUCGAGUUUUGCCGUGGGACUAUUCACGUUCGCUACUUUAGGUAGCAUGGCCAAGGAAUACGGAAAGCCCGUGGAAGAAGUACUACCGGACGGUCCAGGAAUCGUUUUCAUCCUGUUCACGAAAGUACUAUCCAGUAUGCCGUACUCGACCUACUUUUCAAUGUUACUGUUUUUCAUGAUGUUUUGUCUGGCCCUGAACAGCGAGUUCGCCAUCGUCGAAGUCAUCGUGACUUCUAUACAAGAUGGAUUUCCACGAGCUGUCAAAAAAUAUCUUAUUUGCCACGAAAUAUUGGUCUUGGUGGUCUGUUCUGCGUCGUUUUUACUCGGACUCCCACUUGUCACACAGGGCGGUACAUAUUUAUUCCAAAUAAUUGAUUAUUAUACUUCUACGUGGUCAGUGAUUUACAUUGCUUUUUUCGAAGUGAUCGCAGUGUCCUGGAUGUAUGGUGGUAAUAAAAUGGCAACAGAUAUCAAAAGAAUUACGGGAACAAAACCGCUAUGGUUUUUUAAAUUCUGUUGGUACAUUACGACUCCUUUUUUACUAAUGUUUGUAUGGGCUUUCAGUUUAACAGACUAUGAACCACCGACCUAUAUGAAUGGCACUCGAAGUUUUCCCACUUGGGUCCACAUAAUAGGGUGGUCCAUGGUUAUGAUCUCAUUGGCAUGUAUACCCAUCAUGUCGGCUUAUACGUUCCUACAUUCCGAAGGAAAAACAUUUUACCAAAAACUGAACAGAUCAAUAAAGCCCCGAUCAAAUGAAUUUGGUGAGUUGCCAAUGGCGUCGAAAGAUAACUUAAAAGAAAUGGCUACUUUAAUUGAAUGCAAAGUACCUCAAAUACCACCAAUUAUUGUCUUCCCAGAAACUGUUAAAAAUAGUAAAUAUAAUAAUUCAUGAUUGUAUACCAACGAUUUUUGUUGACAAUUAUACUCUAAACUUUUUAACAAAUAACGAUUUAAAAAUAAUUUUAAUUUUAAUAUACUGUCACUGUAACACACCACACACCAUCUAUUAUAAUGCGAUACACUCAACAGGUACAAUUCAAAUACAUGCUUAACUGAAAAUUUGUAUAUUUUAUGUUAAAUUCAACACCAACAUUUUUACUAAAUUUAUUUUUAUUUAUUUAUUUAU